AUGGACGACUCCCCCACGCCCAGCCUUGCGCCCGUCCUCGACGAGCAACAAUACCGAACAGAUGUCCUCCACCUCGACUCGGCAGAAGCAGAACAAGCGCGGGCGCAACAGCUCUCUGACGAGGCGCGCACUCUCGGCCUGAAAGUUCCUGAGAUCGAAGCCUCGGCACCGCUGGCCGCCUCGAUCGCCUCUGGAAUGGUCGAUCUCUCCUCGCCGGUCCUCUCAUCGGGCUCAUCGACUGAUCGGAAUUCCCUCGCUGAUGGCUCCGUCACUCCCUCCUACGAACCGUCCUCCCCAUCCCCGCUCGAUCAAGUCGUCUCCUCCCCGUCCUCAAUCACAAUUGCAUCCGAGCUCGCGAAGCCUGGCAGUACGCGCUCGCUCGCUUCGCUGUCCACUCGGCCAACCUCGUAUUGUUCCAGCGAGAGCAGGACUCUGCCUGGCGCUUAUGCGUAUGGUAAAAAUGCGGAUAGUUUGUCGGUUCCCGUGAAUCGCAUGUCUAUGCUCAGCGUUGCGUCGGCGGACAAGAAAGAUAAAAGGAGGAGUAGCAUUAAGAGUGCCAUUGGACGGAUCCAGUUUCGCAGGAAGCGGCCCUCUAGCGUCUUGCUCCCGCCUGAUUCAAACGUUCUAGUCUCCAAGGGCGACACGGGCGUGGAUCAUGUCUACCUCGAGCAGAAGAAACAGGCGCCAACAAGCAACGAUAUGCUCCCCCGUCCGCCAACAUCGGAAUCUCUCGCGAAGUUGGAAAUCCCCCUCUUCGACGAGGAAUCGCUGCAGAGAAGCUUGGAUGAUCCAGAGCUAAGCGAGAUGUUAGAGCGACAUCGACUGGAGAAGGACAGACACAUGGUAUUCCAAGAUGCCGCCCUCAGCAUCACGCGGCAAAGACAUCAGACCGCCAUUUCGGAACGAUACGCAGACAACGAGCGUUUGGAGGAAGAGAAGCGUGUAAAGAAUACAGCCGCGACUAGUCGACUGGAGGAGCGCCAACUCGCCAUCGAAAUGGAACAGCAGCGUGAUUUCGAACGCGCGAAAAUGAACUCUCCCCCCCCACCUUCACCUUCCCCCGGAGGGACUGCGCAACAAUCUUCCGAGUCGAUGAUCUCCGAGACAAACGGCACCCCACCAGCCCGUCGCAUCACGCAGCAGCAAAAAGAGCAGCUCGAGCAGCAAUAUCACGCGCACGAGUCGAUGGAUGCCCUUCAUGAAGCUCGCAUCAAAGUUCUCCGAGACCGGCAAGAAAUGAAGCUGUCGGAGGCUAUGGAGCGUAUGGAGCGCGAACUGGAUACGCUGUGCGAGCAGAAUAUCAAAAAUAUCAAAACGCUUCAGGUUGAACAUAGGAAUGAGGAAACGACUGUUAUCAAGGCUUUGGACUCGAAGAAAAUGGAGCUGCAGCAUCGUUGGCAUUUGGAAGAAGCUAUUUUGCGCCACCAGCUUGAACAAAGAAAUGGGCAUGUUUACGGGCCCCUGCCGUUGAUCUCUUUCACUGUUGCUACUGCUGUUGCCGAUGAAUCUGAGACCGAGAACCGAGAUUGUGCUAUUUCUGUUUCGGAGGCGUCGUCUGUUGCUGCUGGGGAAAUUUAG